AUGACUGCCGAUGCACAGCUAAAAAGGAAGAAGAAAAGAAAGCUUGAUCCUAGAGCCUUUGUUGGUUACCUCGUCGGGUAUAAUUCUACGAAUAUCUUCCGGAUCUGGAUUCCUCUUCUACGGAAGGUUAUUUCGACUAGGGAUGUGAUUUUCGACGAAUUUAGCUUCUUCGACGGAAAGAGGGAUCAACAGCCCCUCUUACACUCACAACGUCAGCUAAUUCAGAAGAUUCAAAUCCCCCCUUCCCAACAGUCUCAAGAAGAGGUCCUAGACGAGGAAACGGAAGAAGAAACCGACGUCGAAGCAGUCGAGGAUAACGCCGACUUCGAAGAAGAAGAAGAAGAGAAAGCUGCUAGAUCAGAUGAUCUAGACGAAGAAGGAGACUAUAGGAAAGCGGUAGAGCUAGAAUACGCCUACCUCCCUACGCCUCCUCUUACGGAACAAGAAGAAGAUCUAGAAGCAGCUUUUUCAGAAGAAGAAGUUGUCUAUAUGCGCCUUCCACCAGGCUUCCAACAGCCAGGAAAGGUUCUACGGCUCAGGAAAGCUCUAUACGGACUACGAAGAUCACCCCUUCUUUGGCAACAGCAUUUAACAGGUUCCCUCGAAGCCCUAGGCUUCACGAAAGUCCCUCAGGAACCGUGUAUAAUGCAGAAGGAUAAAAUCACGGUCUUCUUCUACGUCGACGACAUUAUCUGGGCGUACCCGAAAGAGGAAGAAGCUGCUGCUAGGGAGGCUAUACGAGGCCUACAACAAAGGUAUAAGAUGACCAGGCUAGGGGAGCCAAAGUGGUUCCUAGGGAUACGAAUCCUUAGGAAUAGGUCCCAACGGACUAUCUGGCUUACCCAAGACGCCUAUAUCGACAAGAUCUUCGAUCUUCCGUUAAAACCUAUCUUGCCCGCCGAAUAG